AAUCAAAUCAGUAUGGAAAAAAUUGUUAUGACUGUAACAACAGGUGUACAAAAUGUGACAUAACAAGAGGCUGUGUGUCAUGCCUAGGAAAGUUUACCGGAGGUGAAUGUGAUUUAUGUCUACCUGGUUACAUGGGAAAUAACUGCGAAAGAAUAUGUACAACUGGAUGGUAUGGACAGAACUGUAGCAUGGAAUGCAGUAACCACUGUUUGGAUAAUGAUACUUGUUUUCAUGUGAACGGUACCUGUCUAAGAGGGUGUGCCCCUGGAUACAGAGGACCGACUUGUUCAAAUGAAUGUAUCAAUGGAUCUUACGGCCUUGGGUGCCUGGAAAAUUGUAGUGGUAAUUGUUUUGAAAACCAGACAUGUGACUUUAUUAGCGGCACAUGCCAAAACAGUUGUAGCAAAGGAUGGACUGGUUCAAAGUGCUUCACUUCUUGCAGUAAUGGCACAUAUGGUGAAAACUGUCGGUACAAUUGCAGCGGGCACUGCUUACAAAAUGAAACUUGUAACAGACUUGAGGGAUAUUGUCCUAAUGGCUGUGAGAUUGGUUGGGAUGGAGAAGCGUGUGGCAGAGAAAUUAAUUGCAAUUCAUAGCUCUGUAGGAACUGACAGGACUGAAAUCUACACGCCUGUUUAUCGAUUGAUUGCGAAUUUUAGAAACCU